AUGAGUACCUAUGGCUGCUUCUUGGGCAAGUAUGGCCUGGAGGGGGGCUUUAUCGAUUGGCUAAAGACCUUAUACAGAGGGGCUGAAAGCUUCAUGCUUGUGAAUGGUUGGAUUGGACGACCCUUUGAGGUUGGCUCAGGUGUGCGUCAGGGGUGUCCUUUGAGUCCUCUGCUAUAUGCGUUUGUAAUCGAUCCCUUCAUUCGGAGGUUUAGAGAGCGGACCGUUGUGUGGAGUUCCUUUGGGCAUUCCUGGGGAGCCCCCUCCUGA